GGCCUCCCCCCCUCUAUCUCUCUCCACUCCUCCUCCUCCAUCCUCCAGUCCAAGAUGGCGGCGGCAGCGGCGGCGACGGCUCCUCCGGGCUGCCCCGGUUCGUGCCCCAACUUCGCCGUGGUCUGCUCCUUUCUGGAGCGCUACGGACCGCUGCUGGACCUGCCCGAGUUGCCCUUCCCGGAGCUGGAGCGGGUGCUGCAGGCUCCCACGCCCGACGCCGGCGACAGCGAGGUACCAAAAGAAUUGGUGGAGCUCCAUUUGAAACUGAUGAGGAAGAUUGGUAAAUCUGUAACAGCAGACAGAUGGGAAAAAUAUUUGAUCAAGAUGUGUCAAGAGUUCAAUAGCACUUGGGCAUGGGAGAUGGAGAAGAAGGGCUAUCUUGAAAUGAGUGUCGAAUGCAAAUUGGGACUUUUAAAGUAUCUCUGUGAAUGUCAGUUUGAUGACAAUCUGAAAUUUAAGAACAUUAUUAAUGAGGAGGAUGCUGAUGCCAUGCGCCUCCAGCCAAUUGGCCGAGACAAAGAUGGUCUUAUGUAUUGGUACCAGCUGGAUCAAGAUCAUAAUGUCAGAAUGUAUAUAGAAGAGCAAGAUGAUCAAGAUGGGUCGUCAUGGAAAUGUAUUGUCAGAAAUAGAAAUGAACUGGCUGAGACUCUGGAACUUCUGAAAGCUCAAAUAGAUCCUGCCCUUUUGAAAAACUCUAGCCAACAAGAUGCCUCUUCCCGAGAAAGCCCCAGCAUAGAGGAAGAAGAAAUAAAAAAAGAUGGAGAAACAACUAAACAAGAAGAGGAAUUAAAAUCGAAAGAUGAGAAGGUGAAAGUGGAGGAAGUAGCAAAAGAAUCUGUAAAUCUUCCUGUACCCACCAUUCUGGAAGAGAAUCCUUUAAAAACUGAGAAACUAGAAGAAAAGGAACUUGUGAAAACACCAGUCAUAGUGAAGUUAGAGAAAACUUCACUAGAGAGUGAAGAGAAAAAGAUCCCCAAAGAGGAAAGUGAUUCCUUCAAGGAGAAUGUUAAACCUAUUAAAGUGGAGGUAAAGGAAUGCAAAGUGGAACCAAAAGAUGUUAAAAGUAGCACAGAGAAAAUGACUAUUCAUGAACCUGAGCGAUUAGAGAUUGGCAUUAAACCUGCUCCAGAAAGUAUGGAGAAAUCAUCCGAAGAAACUGAAAAAUUAAAAAAUGACCAGCAAGCAAAGAUACCCUUGAAAAAACGUGAAAUUAAAUUGACUGAUGAUUUUGACAGCCCAGUCAAGGGACCUUUGUGUAAAUCUGUGACUCCAACAAAAGAUGCAUUGAAAGAAGAGGUGAAACCUGAGGAGGAGAUUUGUAAGCGAAUUCCUACAAUCAUGGCUUUGUGUCCUGAGGGGAAACAACUUGUCAAUGGAGAAGUUAGUGGUGAAAAAAAUCCUCCAAGGAAUAAGACAGAACAACUGGAAACCAAGCUCUAUAGUUUAAAGGAAGGGGGUAGUCAUCCAUCUAAGGAGAAAAAUGGCUUGGUGGUAGACAAUGGGGCAGAGUCCUUGAUGGCUCUAAAUAAAAGCACGAAAACAAAUGAAUCUGGGAAAGAUGAAGAGGGUCUUACUCAGAGAGGACAAGGACAGGAAGAACCUGAUCCUCCAGAAAUAGAAAAGGCUCUUGAGGACACUUCCGAGAUAGCAGAAGAUCUUUCAUUGAAAACAGCUUUUUCUACCACUGAAGCCUGUGCCAAGAAAGUUGAAGAGAAGUCCUCAGUGAAAAAUAAGAAGGACAAACGGCCUCCACUCCUAGAAUGUCUAGAAAAGUUAGAGAAGUCUAAGAAGACUAUUCUUGAGAAGGACACAUCAAAACUGAGUCCCAUACCUGAAGAGAUGGCAAAGAGCACUGUAGAACCAGAAAAGACACCAUGCUCUCCAGAGGCAGCAGAAAUCUCCCUACCUUCUGUAAAUCUUGAUUUUCCAGAGAAGACAGCCUCUGAAAAGGAUGGGUUAGAUAACAAAAAUACAAAACCUAGUAAUGAAGACCUUCCCCUGGAGAAAACAGAUCCUGAGGUCCUCAAGGAAGAAGUAGAACUUGCCAAGACAUUAGACAGUAGCCAAUCUUCUAAAAUAGAAGAUCCUUCAGAGACCAAGAAGGGUUCUACCAUACAGAAAAGUAAAUUUAAGUACAAAUUAGUUCCCGAGGAAGAAACCCCUGAAACAGAAAAUAAGGAAAUAACAUCUGAAAGGCAGAAAGAAGGCAUCAAAUUAACAAUCAGGAUCUCUAGCAGGAAGAAAAAGCCAGACUGUCCUCCAAAGGUUCUGGAUACAGAAGUAAAGGAAGAGACAGGAAAGGAAGAAGAGAAAAUAACUCCUGGUAGAACUUUAAGAAGGUCACCAAGAAUAUCUAGACCCACUGCAAAAGUGGCUGAGAUAAGAGAUCAAAAGGCUGAUAAAAAACGGGAGGAGGAAGAGAAAGCAGAAGACUCAGCAUCUGUCCAAAAACAGGACAAAAAGGAGAGUUCAAGGAAGCCUGAUAAGGAUGCUAAUUCUAAAGGCAACAAGAUGAAAUCCAGGAAUAAAGUCCGGUGGACUGGUUCUCGAACUCGUGGUCGAUGGAAAUAUUCUAGCAAUGAUGAAAGUGAAGAAUCUGAGAGUGAAAAAUCAUCUGCAGAGUCAGAGGAGGAGGAAGAAAAAGAAACUGAGGAAGCUGUGCCAGCAGAUGAUGAUGAACCAUGCAAGAAAUGUGGCCUUCCCAAUCAUCCUGAACUAAUUCUUUUGUGUGACUCAUGUGACAGUGGAUACCAUACAGCUUGCCUUCGACCACCUUUGAUGAUAAUUCCUGAUGGAGAAUGGUUUUGUCCCCCUUGCCAACAUAAACUUCUCUGUGAGAAGCUAGAGGAGCAAUUGCAAGAUUUGGAUGUUGCCUUGAAAAAGAAGGAGCGUGCAGAACGAAGGAAAGAGCGAUUGGUAUAUGUGGGUAUCAGUAUUGAAAACAUCAUCCCUCCACAGGAACCAGAAUUAGCCGAUGAUCAUGAAGAAAAGAAGAAAGAUUCCAAAAAAUCCAAAACACACUUUCUUGAAAGGAGGUCAACAAGAACAAGGAAGUGCAUAAGUUAUAGAUUUGAUGAAUUUGAUGAGGCAAUUGAUGAAGCAAUUGAAGAUGAUAUUAAAGAAGCUGAUGGAGGGGGAAUUGGCAGGGGAAAAGAUAUUUCCACAAUUACAGGUCACCGAGGGAAAGAUAUCUCAACCAUUUUGGAAGAAGAAAGGAAAGAAAGCAAGCGGCCCCAGCGGGCAGCUGCUGCCCGACGGAAGAAACGGCGGCGGCUGAAUGAUCUUGACAGUGACAGCAAUCUGGAUGAAGAGGAGAGUGAGGAUGAAUUCAAGAUUAGUGAUGGAUCUCAAGAUGAGUUUGUUGUGUCAGAGGAAAACCCAGAUGAGAGUGAAGAGGAACAGCCUUCAAAUGAUGACAGUGACACAGAAUUCUGUGCCCGAAGACCCCGACGGCACCACUCCAAACCAAUGAGGCAGAGCAGGCGUCUGAGAAGAAAGACAUUGAAGAAAAAAUAUUCUGAUGAUGAUGAAGAUGAUGACUCUGAAGAAAAUAGUAGAGCAUCUGAGAGUGAUUAUAGUGAUUACAGUGAAGAUUACCUGGAAACUAGACGGAGAAGGUCAAGAAGAAACCAGAAAAGACAAGUCAACUAUAAAGAGGACUCAGAAAGUGAUGGUUCCCAGAAGAGCUUCAGAUAUGGGAAAGAAAUGAGACGAGUUCACAAACGCAGGCUUUCCAGCUCAGAUAGUGAAGAGAGCUACAUGUCCAAGAAUUCUGAUGAUGAUGAUGAGCCAGCUAAAGAAUCCCAGCGAUCGCUCCGGAAGCGAGGUCGAAAUGCAAAUGACUGUUCAGAAGUGGAAGCAGAGGAGGAGGAGGACGAAGAGGAGGGUCGACCUGCCCGAAAACGACUGCAUCGAAUUGAGACAGAUGAGGAGGAAAAUGGGGAGAAUGCUGAUGGUAAUGUGGAGCAGCGUGCAGCGGCCAGCAAGCACUCAGUAUCCCAUGGGCAGCAUGAUCAUGCCAGGAAGCCCUAUAGGAUAGACAGUGAUGAGGAAGAGGACUUUGAAAACGUUGGGAAAGUAGAAAGCCCAUUGGACUAUAGCUUAGUGGACUUGCCCUCUGCCAAUGGACAGAGCCCUGGCAAGGCUAUUGAAAACUUAAUUGGCAAACCAUCUGAAAAACCUCAAGCCCCUAAGGACAGCACAGCCAAUGCCAGCCUUGCACCCAAUGGAACAGGUGGUGGGCAGGAGGCCGGAGCACCAGAAGAAGAAGAGGAUGAACUUUUAAGAGUGACUGACCUUGUUGAUUAUGUCUGUAACAGUGAACAGUUAUAAGACUUUUUUUCCAUUUUUGUGCUAAUUUAUUCCACGGUAGCUCUCACACCAGCGGGCCAGUUAUUAAAAGCUGUUUUAUUUUUCCUAGAAAACUCCACUACAGGAUCACUUUUUAGAAGCAAAAAUUUCACCAGUCCCUGCAGUCUUUCUGUGAAGUGACCAGUUUUGAACUUUGAAGAUAAAUAAUCGCUGUAAAUUCCCUUUGAUGGUUUUUUUUGUUUUUGUUUUUUUGUUUUUUUGUUUUUGUCUUUUUUCCCCUAAGUUCAUGGUCCUUGGUAAUUUCAUUCAUGGGAAAUACACUCUCUCUCACACACACACACACACACACACACACACACACACACACACAUGCACACACACAGACAGACACAUUCUAAUAACAAGAUUUGUAUAUUUUUGACUUUAUGGUUCCUGAGUUCUCCUGACUUUGUGAUAAAGAAUAAAUAAGAAUGCAUUCCAAAUCUGUCAGGGCCCAAAAUGGAAUUUGGGGGGGGGUGGGAGAAAGCACUUGUGCUUUACUGUUUUCAUAUUAAAUAUAUAUAUAUAUAUAUACAUAUAUAUCAUAUUUAAACAUUCAUAACAGAUUACGAUUAACAGACAGUUUAAAGGUACAUGUCUGUAUUAUUGCAUUUUGUGAAUUGUAGAUAACAUCAUACCAUAGCUCAUUUAGUAACAGCCUUCAUGAAAUCAACUUGUUUAAUACUGGAGAUAACCAUACUUAAUGAAAAGGAGACCAAGAAAGUACUAUUAGUAAGAGCUCUAAUUUAAGUAACUGUUAAAAUGGAGGUUGUUUUUUUUUUCUCAAUCAUCUGAAAAGCAUUUGUACCAUGAAACAUAGGAUAAUGAAGCUUGGACAGCCAAAUUGUGCUAGCAGCAAAUUUUGUGAAAUGGCUUUAAGCAUAUUUGAUCAGAUCAUCCCUACUGUACCAUGUCUUGAUGGCAAAUAUUAGUAUGAUUGUACUUAUUUGGUCAUUAUGACAAAAGAGAUAGUGUAACCAUUACAGAUAGCAUAAGUAUUAUUUUAACAGCUGACCACUUAAUGUUGAAAUAUUUGAAAAGUCAUUUUGAAAUAUAUGUAUCUAUAUAAAUAUAGAUAUCUGCAUAUACCAUACAUCAAGAGAUGUUGCGCUGACAAUGGGAUUUUAGCACAUUUGAUGAUGGGAGUGGGUUUUCAGGUGACUCCAAACCAAUCUAUUCUUGCCCUUAGUAUCUACUUCAAAUUGAAGUCUACAAACCAAGCAGUUCCUUUGGAAGGUUUUUAGUUUGCGUUUGUGUGUGUAUGUGUACAUGUGUGUGUGUGUUUGUGUGUAUGUUUGUGAGAGAAAGUAUGUGGGGGGGGGGGUAUGUAUGUGCACAUGCUUUGGGAUUUUCUGCCUGGAUAUAUUAGCAGAUUUUAAAUGUCGUUUUUGCCUUUGGCCAUUAGAACUUUAUUCAAAUUUAUAAUGCUCACAUGACCAAUCUGAAGAAGAAAAGCAACCAGUGUAUCUCUUAAGUUUAUGUGCAUAACAUCCACUUACAUGCUUUGACACUCUCAAGACGAAUUGAUGGCUGUCAUUUUAAGCAGGGAGAUGAGGAAUCGGACAAUUGAGCACCCCGGUCACUUUAACCAUGGUCCUCCUUUUAGCCUCAGUGUCAUCCUGUGAAUGUUUGAGUAGGAUUCCUAACAUUUGGACAAAGUAUAGCCUUUAUGAUGAACCUUCCAUGUGUCCAUUUGAAAACAGAGAUGGUCACUUCUGGUCAGCCUUUUUUUUUUUCCUCUCGAGGGAUUAAUUUUUUUUUUUUUUUUCCUGUCCAUUGCUGGCAAUGGAUGCAUGUUACCUGCUAAUGGCACCAAGGGGUCACAUCUUGUCUCCUCUCCAAAUUAAGCCUUUUGUGUGCUAGUCAAUCCAUAAUUAAGCACUUCUUUUUUUUUUUUUUUUUUUUUAAUUUUUUAAAAAAAAUUUUUAAAGCUGGCACUAGAACUACAUAUAAAUACCUCUCUAGAAAACUUUGCCUGCCUUCCCUUUGUAUCCCUCCCCAAUUUAAUCUGCAGACUUAACUUUUGGCCUUGAAAGUUUAUAGCUGUUUGUUUGUUGGGUUUUUUUUUUUUUUUGACUGAUGUUGGUUCUUUACUGUUUUAUUCUAUUUCAUUUAAGUUCUGUAGUUCACCUGUCCAUUAAUAUUUUUGUUGGAUUCUAGCAAUGUAUAUUUCGUCUGUUUUAAAAAUAAAAUAAAAUAAUCAAAGGCAGCCUAAAAUUAGGAUGCGCCAAUAGUAUGCUGUGUUAAGAAAGUUGUGGUUUUUAUUUUGAAGAGAAUGUCCCAUUUUAAGGGGGGAAAAUGAUUUGCUAAUUCAAGUCAGGCCACAAAAUGCCUUUACGAUUUGUGCAGUGUUUAAUUCAAAUUCUUUGUCUAUUCCUUAUAGUAAAUUGCAGAGAUUUAACAUUUUUGCUUCAUUUAAAACAAGUUGACAGAGAAAGGGUGCUUGCCAGCCCCAAUUUCAUUUUGUACCUGAGCAAAGAUAGCUACAACAUGCAAUUUCCCUUUUAUAAUAUGCCUUCUUCCUGCUUCUCACCCCAGAAACUUACCAGCCCCAGCCUCUACCUGAAACCUGCACUUUUACUUCAGGCACAUAAGUAGAAAAUGUUGCUAUUAUGGGAUUAAUAUAUUUUCAUUGCAUGCCUGAUGUACAGAAAUUCAGAAGGUUCUUUUUUAUUUCUCCAGUGCAGAAAGUUGCUGUGAAUUUUUAUAGUAGUAUGGCAGAUAGAUACUGAUUGUGGUACUAGCUUCUUGCAAGUUGCAAUUAGGCCACUUUGAUCAGCUGGUUAAUUAAGGUCCUUGAAUCUUUGCCUGUAUGCUAAGUGGCAUAACUAUUCCAGCCACAGCUGGUACAACUCUUCGGCCAAAGUCUAUCUAGCUAUCUAUAUAAUUAGAGCCACUGAUAACUUAAAAAUGUUGCUCUCUAGGUAGUCGUGAGUAUGUGCCCCAUAUAGCUGAUUGGCCCAGCUAAAAGCUGUAGCAGACCUACACUGGUUCUGCCCCUUGUUAAGCAUAUUCAAGCCUGAAUUUCUUGAUCUUCACAAAAGAAAUUUACCAUAGUGUGAAUUCUAAAUAUAUUUGUCAUAUAUGUGAAAAUAAUGACGGAAAUUCAAAUGCUUUCUCAAAAAUAUAAGAAAAUAAUUCGACUUACAUUGAGCAUUCCUUGACCAUCAUACAGCAAAGCUGCUUGCUUAUAUAUGGUAAACCCCCUUUUAUAAGAUCCAAAUUGGACUCUCCUCAUAUACAGUUUCAUUCCAUAACAAAUGUAUUAGAGGUUCUAAUGUGGUAUUCAUUUUAUUCAGCCAUAUUAAGUCAGAAUUUGGAGUAUUUAGUAACACAGUUUCAUUUCCUAUAAAAAUGUCUCCUUUUUUUUACUGGAUAAUUUAAAAUGAAAUUAUUUUGGUCAUGAAAAAGAAUAGAAAUUAUAGUUAAAUUACAUUUUGAUUUUGAAGAUUUUCUGCUGUUGGAAUAAUGUUCAAUUUAAUAUUUAUUGAUUCUAAUAUGUUAGUGUCAAUCCAAUGGCAAACACAACUAUUGGCCAAAUGGGAGUGCUUUUGGAUGAACUGCACAUUUUCCACAUGGUGUAACCUAGCCAAGAUUGCAGUCUUGAUAAGGAAAUAUGUAAAUAGUCAAAAGAUUUUAAAAUAUUUUGAAAGCCAUUGGAGACUCCUCAAAGUUUUUAAAUGAAAUAAUUGCAAAACAAUUUGUCUUGUUGUCUGAUUCUUAGUUGUCACAACCCAGCCCAUUUUGUUUAAGAACAUUUCGAAUUUGAUUGGUCACUUCAAUCUGUUUAUGAAGAAAACACAGGUCUAUGUAAGUAGAAUUAGUGGUACUGUUUUCAUCACAAGAGAAGAUUUUUAAAACCUGUUGCACAGAAGAGUUAAAAAUAGUGAUAUUCUUCUCAUGAUUUUUUAUUUACUCUUCACUAUGAAGAAGAAAAUGAAAUUAAAAGUAUAGAAACAUGAUAGACUUAGCUCCACUCUCAUAUGUCAUGGAUAAUGACAUAUCCAUGUCUCUGUGUUAUUUAUUCAAACUCAGUCUUUGUUUUCUUUGAACUUUUCUCAACUUUAAAAAUCUAAACUUUAGAGAAAUACUAUCUUAAAAAAAAUUGAUAAAUAAAUUCAUUCUUUGAACACCAUGUUUAAUUUGUCCCGUACACCCAUAUAUGAAGAAAAUAUUUCUUUUUACAGAAAACAAUACUUUUGUCAUUGGCCAUGAGACCAGAACAUAAUAGUGAUAUUCCUCCCCUUGAUCUGACAUCUCUAGAAAGUAAUGCUAUUCUCUAGUAGGCAAAGUUGCAUAGCAUUCUCUCUGGGUUACUGGCUUUGUGUCUGAGCAUCUCUAAGCUAGUCAUUAUUUAUCCUAACAGUCCAUCUCUUUUGUACUACAGUCACCCACCAUUCCCAAUGUUAAAAAUAAACAGUAUAAGAGUGGAGGAUGAGGUUUGUGGAUUUGCUUUGUUAUAGUAAUCCUGGAAACAAGUUUUAAACUUGUCAACCAGGAGUUUUAAAUGUGUCAACAAUGUGUAGAAUAGUCCAAUUGUUUUUAAGAACAUUUCCUUCCUCUUUGCCUUAAGUUAUCAUUAUCACUUCACGUUUAUUGAGUGCCAAUAAUUUGCUAGGUGCUGCCUUUCUCUCCCCCUCUCCUCCCCCUCCCAAGUAGAGAAAGAACAAAUUCUUGGGACAUAAUAGGUCUGCCAUCAGUCAUUACAGGCCAGAAAUUUUUCAUAGUGAGUUUUGUAUAAAUGACUCUUAUACAUUUGUAUAAAUGUACUGCCUUUUUGUUUUGUUUUGUUUUGUUUUACACCUCCCCACCCUUCCCGUUGCCAUGAGUUAAGCAUUAUAUAGAUUACCAUACAAUUAAAAAGCCAUUUUCAUAGACUUGAUUGUCUUAACCAUUUCAUUUUUGUGUAGUUCUUUGAAAAUAGUGACAUUGCUAAACACUACAAAAACAGUCCUGACACAUUUACAAUUUAAUGUGCAGAAAUAUUCUAAAUUAUAAUACCUGUAUGGGAUAUAUAAGUCUCCAUAUACCAGAUUUUUGGUGGAUAAACAAUUAUUUAUGAUUUCUGAAUAAGCUAUUUAGACUUUGGGGUAAGGACUUUAAAAAAAAAGAUGUUGAAUAGAAACUUUAAAUUCAUGUCACUUAACACAAUUUGGAAAAUAUGCUGAGGUUUUAGUCCUUUUUUGCCACUGGAUGAUGCGAGUUAAGAAUAGAAUUGUCAACUCCAAUUUUAUACUUCCUCUUAACUUUACUCAGUUUAUUGAGAAAUUUUAAUUUUAUUGUAAAAUGUGUUUUAAAAUCUGUAUUUAUUAAGUUCUGGUGGUAGAACAAUUAGCUGCAUGUUAGAAAUACAGCCAUCCAGAAAACCGUUGUUUGGAAAUUUAAGUAAACACUCAAGAGCUUCAGAAAUCGUUUAACUUAUUUUGUACGUUGCAAAAAAAAAAAAAAA